CUUGAAUAUUGUAAAAAGCCGUCAGUUUCUCAGUAUAAAGGCUGGAAUAACCUGCUGGAAUUAAUGCUGGUGUUUUUUAUGCUGACCAAUACACCGUCAUGUUAACGUGCACUGUGUCGAAGAUGCAGUUAUCUGCAGUCAUUCUACUUUUUAUUCCUCAUCUUUUGGAUGCAAAUUUUACCAUCAAACCACCCAGGAAUAUUGACGCAUGUGUUGAAAGUGAUACCAAAUUAAGUUGGAAGUCUGAUAGUCCAUCCCAAAUUUUAACAAUUUUUUACGAAGUGAAAGUACCUGGAGCAUCUACUUCUGCAUCAAUAUUAGCCUAUAAUGGGGCAAACGCAUUUGUAAUCAACAACUAUAAUGUACGUUGGGAUAAUGAGACAGGUCCAGGUCCAAUUACAAUCGUCAACACCAACCUAAACAAUACUGGAGACUACUCAAUUGAGGUGACCUAUUCUGGUCAAGCAGCUGCUUUAGAUGUUGUAUCCAUGCUAGUUUUGGAUCCACCAAAGAAACUCGGUUUCAAAAAGAAUAAUUUGGUUUUUACAUGUCAGUUGGACUAUUUGGGAACACCAAGCGUUUCACUGUACGCGAAGGUAGAUGAUGUACCACAGUCUGCAUCAACCAUUACAGCUUUACCAUUUAACAAGGUUGAGUGUUGCAUCAGUGGGGCUGCUGUGAGUUGUAUGCCAGAAUCACCAAAGUCACCACACUGCAUAUUAGCUCAAGAAAAGAAGAGUUUUUGGGAGUGGUUAUACGAUGUUGCAGUGGGACUUAUCAGCUACAUGGGUGUCCAGGUCGUCUGUAUCAACAUUGCGGCCACUCUUAUCAUUUGUUGUGUUCUCAUUGCUUUGCUUUCAGUGUGGGUGUGGCUGAUGAGGAUUGUAAAUUUUGCAAACUACGUUGCUGUGGUUUGGUCGGCAAUCAUGGUUGGCUUAGUUUAUGGCCUUGAUGACUGUACAGAUAAGUGUGCAGUUAUAGCUAUAGUAUCAUUGGUUCAGAGUGGGAUAACUGCAAUCCUGAAGAUAUGUUUAAUCAUUUACUGUUGCUUCGCAGAGCCAAAGCCUGGAACAUUUGCGGAAAAACUGAAACGUUAUGGAAAUUCUCUGCGAAAACUGCAUUGUUGUAGCCCCAUGGACCAAGAUGAGCUUAGAGAUGUAGCAUUGUUUCAUGCUUAUGGCACUAUCAUUGGAUUUAUCAUCGUUUUUGUGUUCCUGUAUUGGAUAGGCAAACCAGGCUCACAAAGAAAACCUGGCCCUGUUAGGAACCUCAAAGGCAGCCCCCAAAAAAAGAAGAUCAAUGUUGAAUGGACACCUCCAGAGGACACAGGAGACGAUCCUGAGUCUCUAUACUACAGGGUGUCAUGUGAAGAGGAGGGCUAUGACAAACCACCAGGCAUUUCAAAGGAAACCUUGGAAACCAAAUUGACCUUCGAUAAACUUACUCCCAGGACGAAAUAUGUUGUCACAGUGUAUGCAAUCAACAGUGUGGGCGAGAGUCAGCCUAAUACAAUACAUAUAAUGACAAAACAAGAACAAGAUCCUGGAAAACGCUCUCAUGGGCAGGGUACAGGACAUUCAAACACUGGUGAGGACAAAAGAGUUGGUGCUUCAAAACAAAAGGACACAGUCAGCACACCUACAGGAAAUGCCAGUAAACAGCCUAGAGAUUCUGGAGCAGUUUCAAGAACUGAUAUAGAAUUAACUGAAGGCAACUUUGAUCAAGAUAAACCAAUGCUGAGGCCACAACCCAAACUCCCCGGAAUUGUUAAGUCUCACCAGCAAGUAGAUGAAUCACACCAUAAGAAUACAAGGGGUCUGUCUAGUAACUUUGAUGAUCCAAAUAGUGUAACGCAGUUGGAGGUGCUUAAAAAGAAAGGCCUAGAUCCAAUUAGCGCAACUGACCAGAGCGAUAGCAACUCACAGGGAAGGCAAACGAAGGAGAAGAAAAAAAAGGAAAGGGAUGCUUCAACCAGUGGGGAGGAUAAGCACCAGUACACAUGAUAAGAACUUAUACAAUUCAAGUUAUUGUAGGUGUCAUCUCAGAACAUUUUUACUGCUUUUAAUGGCCAACAUAACAAUUAAAAAUUAAUGUAUAUAGUUAAACAAUAUCUUUUAAUCAGACGCAAAUCAAAAAUGUUGUGAAAAAAUAUAUUAUCCAAAACUUUCAUUUUAAAUAUUAAUGCCUGGGUUGCUUAUAUAUAAUUAUCUCCCCAUAUAAUCUGCUGUAAAUUUAUGUUUUUCCAAUGCACAGUCAUGCUUCCUCAUGUUGAAUUUUAUAACAAUCCGAUUGGAAGUCCAAUUAUUAGGUCCGUCCAUAUUUAUUGACUAUCUUUAAUAAAUUUGUAUGAUGUAUAUUAUUUUUAGCUCACCUGAGCACAAUGUGCUCAUGGUGAGCUUUUGUGAUCACCUUUUGUCCGUCGUGCAUUGUGCAGCGUCAACAUUUGCCUUGUUAACAAUCUAGAGGCCACAUUUAUUGUCCAAUCUUCAUUAAAUUUGGUCAGAAGAUUGGUCUCAAUAAUAUCUUGGAUGAGUUCCAAAAUGGUCACGUUUGCUUGAUACACAUGGCUGACACAGGGCUGGGCAUUUUUCCUUAUAUGGCUUUAGUAAAAUCUUGUUAACACUCUAGAGGCCACAUUUAUUGUCCGAUCUUCGUGAAAUGUGGUAAGAAGUUUAUCCCAAUAAUAUGUUGGAUAAGUUCAAAAAUGAUGCCAGUUGGUUGAAAAACAUGGCGUCAGGGGGGCGGGGAAUUUUUCCUUAUAUGGCUAAUUGGCUAUAGUAAAACCUUGUUAACACUCUAGAGGCUACAUUUAUUUUCGGAUCUUCAUGAAACUUGGUCAAAAGAUUUGUCCCAAUGAUAUCUUGGAUGAGAUCGAAAAUGGUUUCCUUUGCUUGAAAAACAUGGCCACCAGGGGGCGGGGCAUUUUUCCUUAUAUGGCUAUAUAUGGCUUUAGUAAAUCCUUGUUAACACUCUAGAGGCAACAUGUAUUGUCCAAUCUUAAUGAAACUUGGUCAGAUGAUUCAUCCCAAUAAUAUGGUGGACAAGUUCGAAAAUAGUUGCGUUUCCUUGAAAAACAUGGCUGCCAAGGGGCAGGGCAAUUUUCCUUAUGUGGCUAUAGUAAAAUCUUGUUAACACUAUAGGGGCCAAAUUUAUUAUCCGAUCUUCAUUAAACUUGGUCAGAAGAUUCAUCCCAACAAUAUCUUGGACGAGUUAAAAAAUGAUGCCGGUUGGUUGAAAAAUAUGGUGGCCAGGGGGCGGGGCAUUUUUAACCAGGUUUUCCGAAGGAAAAAACUGGUUAUUAGAUUGGCGAAUGCGGGCGGGCUGGCUGGCGGGCUGGCUGGCGGGCGGGCGGAACAAGCUUGUCCGGGCCAUAACUUUGUCUUUCAUUGUGAGAUUUUAAAAUCAUUUGGCACAUUUGUUAACCAUCAUUAGACGGUGUGUCGCGCGAAAAAAUUACGUCAAUAUCUCCAAGGUCAAGGUCACACUUUGAGUUCAAAGGUAAAAAAUAGCCAUAAAUGAGCUUGUCUGGGCUAUAACUAUGUCAUUCAUUAUGAGAUUUUAAAAUCAUUUGGCACAUUUGUUUACCAUCAUGGGACGGUGUGUCGCACAAAAGAAUCACGUCAAUAUCUCCAAUGUCAAUGUCGCCACGACUAAAAAUAGAUUUAUUUUAAAACAAACUUACAAAGGGGGUUAAUUUUGUUUGUUCAUUUCAAAAGUUCAGUUUGAGUUGUCUCCCUUUAUCAGAUUUUUUUUCACAAUGAAAACCUGGUUUUGUGACAAUUUUGUCCCUUGUUCCUUAUAUGGCUAAAGUAAAACCUUGUUAAAUCUCUAGAGGCCACAUUUAUUUUCCGAUUUUCAUGAAACUUGGUCAGAAGAUUUGUCCCAAUGAUAUCUUGCAUGAGUUCCAAAAUGAAUUUGGUUGCUUCAAAAACAUCAUGCCACCAGGGGGGUGGGGCAUUUCUCUUUAUAUGGCUUUAUAUGGCUUUAGUAAAAUCUUGUUAACACUCUAAGAGGCCACAUUUAUUGUCAAAUCUUCAUGAAAUUUGGUCAGAAGAUGGGUCUCAAUGAUAUCUUGGAUGUGUUCGAAAAUGGUUACGUUUGCUUGAAAAACAUGGCCGCCAAGGGGCGGGGCAUUUUACCUUAUAUGGCUAUAGUAAAAUCUUGUUAACACUCUAGAGGCCACAUUUAUUGUCCAAUCUUCAUGAAACCUGGUAAGAAGUUCAUCCCAAAUAAUAUUUUGGACGAGUUCAAAAAUGAUACCAGUUGGUUGAAAAACAUGGCCGCCAGAGGGCAGGGAAAUUUUCCUUAUAUAGCUAUAGUAAAACCUUGUUAACAAUCUCGAGGCCACAUUUAUUUUCCGAUCUUCAUGAAACUUGGUCAGAAGAUUUGUUCCAAUGAUAUCUUGGAUGAGUUUGAAAAUGGUUUCGGUUGUUUUAAAAGCAUGGCCACCAGGGGGCGGGGCAUUUUUCCUAAUAUGGCUAUAUAUAUUGCUUUAGUAAAACCUUAUUAACACUCUAGAGGCCACAAUUAUUGUCCGAUCAUCAUGAAACUUGGUCAGACGAUUUGUCCCUAUGAUUUCUUUUAUA